UUAGGGUUCAGUCGAUUUUGUUAAUGAAAUUUUUUUUUAAAAAGCAUUGUUUCUAUGUGUUAUAAAAUUAUUUAAGCCUAAAUUUUUUUUACUAUCAAGACAAACCUUAUUUUUUUUUAAUUGACAUUCUAUCUUUAAUCUUUUUUGUAGCAAUGUCAACACUUCAACCUUUUCUAGUUGGAUGUUUUACCAUGGCGUGUUUUUCUGUUGUGAUCUUGGGCUUAUUAAGCUUUAUUGUUGAUAAUUCUACUUCAGGAGUUCAUUUAAAGGAUCAACAAAAACCAUUAGCAGCGCAAGCAUGUUUAAUUGCAGCAGCAGGUUACUUUCUUUUAGGCAUUUUUUCGUUUGUUCAGGGACAAAUCGCUUCGUUGUAUCGUUUUUAUUCCACAUCUUACUCCCCUCUACCCGAGUGUUCUUAUGAAGAGGCUUAUCGUCUUGUAGAAAUGAAACCUUUGUUACAACACAGCCGAAAAUUUUUGACGAAUGAAUCUAUUGGUGCAUGUGUUGAUUCAGCCAAACCUUUUUGGAAAGAGGAAUCUUUUUACGACCGAGAAACGUUCUGA